AUGUCGGCGUCAGGUUCGGGGGCACCUAAUGUGCCAGGCAAUUCCAACACGACAGGCACAGGACAGAUCAAUGUCUUGAAGAAGGCUUUCCCGCAUGUUGAUCUGGAUGGACAUAACCUGCCUCCGUCUCCUGCUCCUUCUAGCCCGCAUGGCGGCCGUCGAUAUGCACUCGCCACCGAGCUUGUCUACACCGACAGCAAUGACCAGUACAAUGCGAGCAGUGUCCCUAUUUACCAGAGUGCGACUUUCAAGCAGAGCUCCGGCGGUGGUGGAGGAGAGUAUGACUACACGCGAUCAGGAAACCCGACCAGGACACACCUCGAACGACACCUGGCCAAGAUCAUGUCUGCUCAGCGCGCUCUGGUAGUCUCUUCCGGUAUGGCUGCCCUGGAUGUGAUCACCCGUCUCCUGAGACCGGGUGACGAGGUCAUCACCGGCGACGACCUGUACGGCGGUACACAUCGUCUGCUCAAGUACCUGUCGACCAAUGGCGGAAUUAUCGUGCACCACGUCGAUACCACGCAACCAGAAAAGGUUCGUGAGGUUGUAAACUCCAAGACGGCAAUGGUGCUGCUGGAGACACCCACCAACCCCCUUAUCAAGAUCGCCGAUAUCCCCCGGAUCUCCGCACUGGCCCACGAAGCGAACCCCAGCUGCCUGGUCGCGGUCGAUAACACUAUGUUGUCACCAUUGCUCCUCAACCCGCUGGAGUUGGGUGCGGACAUUGUCUAUGAGAGUGGUACGAAGUAUUUGUCCGGCCACCACGACCUUAUGGCCGGUGUGAUUGCAGUCAACGACCCGGCGCUGGGCGAGCGGCUCUACUUCCCGAUCAAUGCGUCUGGAUGCGGACUGUCGCCGUUUGACUCGUGGCUGCUGAUGCGAGGUGUCAAGACACUCAAGGUUCGCAUGGACCAGCAGCAGGCCAACGCCCAGCGGAUCGCAGAGUUCCUCGAGUCCCACGGCUUCAAAGUCCGGUACCCAGGGCUGCGCUCGCACCCGCAGUAUGAGCUGCACCACUCGAUGGCACGGGGCUCUGGAGCGGUGCUAUCCUUCGAGACUGGAGAUGUCGCGAUGAGCGAGCGGAUUGUCGAGAGCGCGAAGCUGUGGGCUAUCAGUGUUAGUUUCGGAUGUGUCAACAGUCUGAUCAGUAUGCCAUGCCGCAUGAGUCAUGCUAGUAUCGAUGCAAAGACGAGAGCCGAGCGGGCCCUGCCAGAGGAUCUGAUCCGGCUGUGCGUUGGCAUCGAGGAUGCUGAUGAUCUGAUCGAUGAUCUGCGGAGAGCGGUAAGUAGAUCGCCGUCAGCAAACAACAUCAGGCCUGGAGCUGUCGCGCGCUAUCCGGCCAUUGCGGCCGUCUCAGACCGAACUGUGUCAACGUCGACCAAGGCAUGGAAUACAGACAGUCUAGGGCUGCGCUUAGGCGUUGAUGCUGCAAGUGCUGCCACAGCUGGAGCAUUGAUCUGCCCUCUGAUCACAAUCAUUGAUCGUGCCAUCAUCGAGAAAGCAGCCAAGGGCUUUCCCAUCCGCGACACAAUCACCUCCUGCCUCCGCUCCAUGGUCGCUCGUCCGGGGAGUUUCUUUCUCUCAACGCCCUUUCUGCUGAUCUACACGCUGUACUCUUCUACCUACCUAACAGCCAAUGUCAUCGACACCGUCACAUCGACCAUGCGGGACCAGCCUUUCUCAAAAGUGACCGCGGGGCCGGCCAAGUUCGUAUCCACCACGAGCGUGAAUAUGGCGAUUUGCGUGUACAAGGAUGCGCGGUUCGCGAAGCUCUUUGGGGCAUCGCCACCUUCUUCUGCGUCGACGACAAGUUCUAAACCGGCCAGCGCAGUUACACCACCACCCGCUCCCAAGAUCCCAAAGAUCUCAUAUUCUCUCUUCUGUCUCCGCGAUAGCGUUACCAUUUUCGCCUCCUUCAAUGUCCCAGCCCUCGUGGCGCCCUCUAUUCCAGACUGGAUUGCACCAACUGCCAGUAUGAAGGCCUCCAUGGCUCAGUUCGCCUGUCCAGCCCUCAUGCAGUUUGUCAGCACGCCCAUGCACUUGCUAGGACUGGACCUAUACAACCGUCAGCCGUCCGGAGGUCUGGGUUGGCAGGAACGAUUUGCUCGUAUUCGGCGCGAUUACAUCUCCAGUUCGUUCGCGCGCAUGGCCAAGAUCGUUCCCGCGUAUGGCGUCGGAGGCGUUGUGAACACGCGCAUGAGAGCCUCCCUAAUGGGUAAACUGGAGAACAUGGCAGACGUGAGGAAUCGGACGACAUUGGCUGCGUAG